CAAUAUGCAGCAGAGGGUUGAGUAUGAAAGGAGGAGGAUAGGAUGUCAAUUUUAUGAAGUGCCCAUGCUGGGAAAAAUUUAUGUGCAAAUUGCUGAGGCAGGUGGACAAUGGGCAUGGCCAGGUAGAUUUUAAUGGUGACUAUUAAAUACUUGAAACCCAUCAUAUGUUCCUUUUGAUACCCAAACCCCCAACUCUUUUUCUCCCUCUCUCCCCAGCGAAAAAAUGACCCAAAAACUCACUGUAACCACAAUGGUAAACUCUCUUAAAUUAUUGGGGCAAAAACAAAGGCAUGAAAACAGAAAGCAACCCUUCCUCUCUCACCUAUUGUACUACUCACCAGCCAAAAGAGAAGAAAAGAAAAGAAAAGAAAAGAAAAGAAAAGCUCCCCAUCUCUGAUCUCUCUUUUCUAUUGCAAACUCGUAAUUGAAAAGGAAAGGAGCAAAAGACACCAUUAAGAAAUUGACUAAUCCAUCAACCCCAUGUAGAGAGUACUGUCUUAGCGGUAAAGCACAAAUAUCUUCCCAUCCCCCCUCGGUUCUCUGUCUCUUCAUUUUACCAUACAAGACUUUGUUUUUCCAUUGAAGAAGAAAGAUGCCAAGGCCAGGCCCUAGACCUUACGAGUGUGUAAGAAGAGCUUGGCAUAGCGAAAGACAUCGACCCAUGAGAGGUUCCAUCGUUCAGCAGAUUUUAAAGCUAUCUAUGGAAAAUCAUAGCACAGCUACUAAAAAGAACAAGGAAUGGCAAGAUAAAAUACUUGUUGUCAUCGUCAAAGCUGAGGAGAUUAUGUAUUCCAAAGCCAAUUCUGAGGCUGAAUAUAUGAACAAGGAAACCUUAUGGGACCGUGUUAAUGAUGCCAUCAACACGAUUAUCCGUAGGGAUGAGAGCACUGAAACAGGAGAGCUUUUGCCUCCUUGUGUUGAAGCGGCCCUUAAUCUGGGGUGCCAUCCAGUGAAAGCUUCAAGGAGCCAACGGCACUGUAAUCCUAGGACUUACCUUACGCCAAGAGCAUCGGAACCUGUUUCUGCAGCUCCUCGGAUUUUUGAUAAAGGUAGUGAGGCAAGGUGUCCUCAGAUAUCGCCAGUUCUGUCUGGUGGUCAAUUUGCUAGAAUAGCUACCAAUGUGAAUUCAAAUAUUUUGGUUUCACAAACUAACUAUCAUAGUUUUCCUUUUCUCUCUGAAAGUUGUCCAUCUGGCCAUGAACAAUUGAUGAGGAAUGAAACUAACACCCCGCCAAACCUGGGUCAAGUUUAUCCCCUUUAUUAUGGAAUUCACUGUCAAAAUGCAGAGUCCCUGACGGGUUCUCCAGUUCAGGAAAAUAUAGCGUCUGAUACCAUAAUUGUUGGGAGACCUAUUGGUACAUCAAUUGCAGAGCCAGCAGCAAUAGGUUUCUUACAGAAUCUCGUUUCCUCUUCUGAUGUUGGUGUUGAUGGUAAGAGAAUUGGACAGAUAGAUAUCAGGCACGUUCAUGAGAAGUCAUUUGGGACAGAGUGUGAUUUGUCCUUGCGGUUGGGUCUAUUUUCUGACCCUUGUAUGCAAGUAGAAAAGAAUUCAAUUUUGGAAACUGAAGAUGUUGGUCCAAGAAGCUGUCAAGAUGGGGGCAAAGUUAAUGAGGUUUUUCAACAAAAGAGUAAAGAGUUAUGUAUUUUUAGGGAGAGGACUGUUAACGACCAUUUUGAAUCAUUUUCGAGAAAGUGGUUUAUAGAAAGUGAAGGUCACAAUUUGGGGGCAACAAAGAGAAAGCGUAAGGCAACAUUUGGAGGUGAUUUGGAAGAUGAACAAUUUUGCUGGCAACCAGGGCCCUCAUCUUAUAAUUGAAAAAAUGGCCAGGUUUGUAGACAAUAGUUUUGUUUUGUAGUCUGUCCUUCAAAAUUAAUGAUCUCUUGAUCAUAUUAGUGAAUCGCUUCUGCAAUCUUUACUUUCUAAGUAGAUCUGAUUGUAAAAUUUAAAUGCUGACCAUGAGUUGCAUUGUUGGGAUGCAGCAGAGAGUGAAUUGUAAAUAUAAUCUGAGCAUGAUUGGUAUCUAAUUGUUGAAUGAUUUAAUUCUCAUGACACAUCUAAUUACUUAAAACCUUUUAAUAAAUAAUUUUUUUCAGUUGAUGGCCAUAAAAGGAAUAUUUACCUUCUAACCAUCUUACCUAGUGAUUUGUAGGUUUCUACUUGUACAAAGAUAUAGAGCAAAACGAAAGAGGAAAAUUUUUAUAAUUAGCUAUUUGAAACUAUAAAGUGUAGUAAAAUAUAGACCGGAGCUAACAUAAAGUGAAGUGAACCAAAUUGAGGGUUGAUUAUGAAGGAUGUAUCCAACAUCCAUUAUUCAUGUUCCCCAUUGCCUUAGGAGAAUAUGCAAGGAUUGAUUUUUGCAUGUUUGUAGCACAGUGAUACAUUUAUUGUUGAUAUGACUGUUUCUUGAGUUAGCCACAGGAGGGUAAGUUUUAGUUCUAGGCAUUAGGUAGCAUUACAUUUUGUCACUUUUGUGAUGUAGAUAAGUCUUUGGAGUUCAGGAUGGGGCAAGAGGCAUAAUGGAGGUAGUUUGCGGGAAGGAGACUAGAUUACUGCAGGUGCAGGGGAUAUGGGACAGGAUGGUUGCUAAUGGUCUCAUAUAUAUCUUUGUGGUCUGAUACACUUCAGUAAUUAGAUGCACUUGGGCAUAAGAUGGUUCCUGGGAAUAAUCCUGGUUAGCAUUGAACUUAUUUGGUUUUUAGGUGGUACAGAGGCGCACUAGAAGGAUUCUUUAGUUGAGGACUUGUGAUUGGUGUUUUGUAGAAAGAGCCUUUAUGUGUUUUGAUGAGUGGAGUUUGUACUUCCUAUUUCAAGAACCUAUUUAUGAUACUGGAGUGAUUUGCAACAAGAAUGGCUUAGUUAUUUUCCUUCGGAUGGGGUGCCAGUGUUUUUCAGUUAAGCCUCAAAGAUGAAUGCUUGCUUUGAGGAUUACUUCAUUUGGGGUUCUGAUUUCUGGAAAAGGCAAAUGUUUUACUGAUGUUGAGCGCCCUUCAUCCAGGUUUUAUAAAACCCUUUGAAUCUGAAGUUGUAAUUGGUUGUUGAAUUGAUAUUCUCAUAUAAGGUAUGUUGCUUUACUUCCAUUUGUAUCUCAUUCUGGACCUCGUAAGCUUAAAUCUUGUGGAAAUUCCUCUCAAACCUGGGCAGACUCUUUAACUCUUUCCAUGUGAUCUGUGGUGGGGUGACUCCACCAAGCUCUAAAUUUAUGGUUGGUAAACCAU